AUGCUUCGAAAGGCAGUUUGUUUAGCCGCAGUGACUUUACACAUAUCGUUGCAAGGAGCACAAGUUGACCAAAAUGAGAAGAUCUCUGAGCUUGGACUUCAUCUAGAUGUCCUGCAAAUCCCGACUGGCGGUCUGGCGCAAAUUCCCGAGAUUAGAAUUCUGGAUGAAAAUGAAUCAACCCUACUCAAAGACUUCAUUUUUGCCGCCAGGCGUUCGCAAAAUCGGCUGAUUCGGGGCAUGAAAAGUCCCCACAACCGAAUUGGUCCCGAUCUCACCCCGAGGACGUCGAUCCCAAAUGUCGAGAUUGGAAAAUAUCUCAGAGGAGAGAUCAGCGAAGAUGGAGCCGACAGUGGCGGCUUCGUCACCAAGGAGACGGGGCUGUGGAUUCAUAGUUUCGAUGAGCGGGAAGACGGUGCAUGGACAGUGGAGCAAGUGAGAAAUCUCUUUCCAAACGCAAGUACGGAGUAUAUCGUGCUAUAUUCAGCCUGCAUAUCACUAGAUUUGGGGUUCAAGGUCAUUGGGAGGGAGAGAUAUCACACCCGAAAAGUUGUAGUCGCCCACAAGAGCGGUGCUUUUGAGAUGAGCCAAUUUGUUUUCUCAUAUCUGGGGCCGUGA